AACAUUCAUUGAUUUCAUCAAAAAGGUAAAUAUAGUACUUCGAUUCCACAUGUCUAAUGUAAGCAUCACCUCUCACUCUACAACAAACUUUGUACUUGCUCAGUCUUCUCUUUUCUCUGUUUGUCUUGCAAAAGCCAACAAGUAAGCAGAUAGAACCGCCGCCUUCAAAUCGGACAUACAAGUACUGGAUUGCUCUAACUAAUAUUCUAACAAGUGCGUUAUGAUGGCUUGGUUUGGUAAUAUAUACCAGAAGUUUGAGAAUAUGAUCAUCGAGGUGGAAUCUACAAUGGUUGAGGAAACCGUUCAGUACCUAGAGAAUCAAAUUCAGAUUGUCGGAGAAAGUGUUAGAAAUUUCUACUCAGAUGUCAUGGAAGAUUUAAUUCCUCCAUCUUCAUGUUCAGCCCCAGUAUUGCCUAUAGCUCACUGUGCCGGUUCUGGUAUCUCUAACUCUAAGAAGUCAUUUCGUGUUUCAAAGAAAAUAACGGCAAAGGCUGAUACCAAGCAGUCAACCAAGGACUCAAGUAUCAAUCGCGAUUCAGGCAAUUUUGUCAAAGCAAAUAAUUUUAUCUCACGCGCAAGGCCACAUGUUUGUGGCGUAGAUAUUAAAUCGAAUGUUUGUAGUGAUGAAAAUCAACAAAAUAGGAAGAUGUCUGCAUCCAAGACAGCUACUGAAGUCGCUUUAUCGGAAACACAUACACGUGGUUCAUCACAAUCAUGUGAAAUCUCCGAUGCAAAUCAAAAUGACGAAGCUACUGUUUCAAAGACAGGUUCUGGUGAAGCAACAGACUUUGCAUCUGUAGGAGAUUGUUGCAAAGAAAUUGAAAAAGUCAGUACUGAACAAAACCACGGCGUUCCAGUAUCGGUUGAACCAGAUGAAGAGAAAAAUAUGAGUUCUUUCUCAAGUGACAUAUUUGAAGAUCCAUAUGGGUACUCUAUGGUCAAAGCUAUGCAGCCUGAAGAUUGUUCUUAUAGUACAAUCAUUGUGUCUCAUCCAGGUAUUGAUUCUAAUGUUAUAGCAGAUAUUGAUGAUGUUACUACAGAGCAAGACCAUAAAACCAGGCGACGAGAUAAUGCAUCGAAGCUUGAGGAAACCUGUGUAUUGAUUAACAGAGACGAACUUCCGUUAUUUCCCAAUGCGACGGUUAAUAUCAAGACUAGCGAGAAAAAAUGGCUGCAACCCUUUUCUUUGUCUAAGAAAUCAACAAGGAAGCAAGAGUAUGAAGAGCUUGCAUUAAAGCAUAGGAACAAUGAAAAUGGAAAGGGUGAUCGCGUCGAGAGUUUAUGUCGAACUUUGUCAGAGGAUGUAUCUGAACCCGAGUGGGAAUUUCUCAAAAUACCACGGUGAAUAAGUUGUAGGUGGAAACUAGUAUGCACAGGUAUUAUCUGUGUGCACCACCAAUAAUAACCGUUGGACCUAUUAAAAUUUCAAUUGUUUUUUAAAUAUGAAUAUAUCCAACGGUUAUAAUUAGUGACACACACACCGAUACAACUUGUGCACCUUAGUCUCCGCCUGAGCUGUGGUACACUACCAAUACUCAGAUUUUGAAUCAACUUCUUAGUUUUUAUGCAGGAUACUGAAACGCCUUAAUGCAUUCAAUAUUCCACAUUAUGUAUCUACUUGUUUUUAUGCUGAAAGGAAAAAACCAAUAACAAGCCUUAAUUAAUCACUCAAAUUA